CCCGGAAAUCCGGGCGGGCGCAGAGCCGGGUGCGCUUUGCGACAGAGCCGUAAAGGCGCGCGGAACUAUGGCGGUGUACGCUGCUGCGGCAGGCGUCCUGGCAGGCGUGGAGAGCCGCCAGGGCUCCAUCAAGGGGCUGGUGUACUCCAGUAACUUCCAGAACGUGAAGCAGCUGUACGCUCUGGUGUGCGAGACGCAGCGCUACUCCGCGGUGCUGGACGCGGUGAUUGCCAGCGCCGGCCUCCUCCGCGCGGAGAAGAAGCUGCGGCCGCACCUGGCCAAGGUGCUAGUGUAUGAGCUGUUGUUGGGGAAGGGCUUUCGAGGGGGUGGGGGCCGAUGGAAGGCUCUGUUGGGCCGGCACCAAGCAAGGCUCAAGGCUGAGUUGGCUCGGCUCAAGGUUCAUCGGGGUGUGAGCCGGAAUGAGGACCUGCUGGAAGUGGGAUCCAGGCCUGGUCCAGCCUCCCAGCUGCCUCGAUUUGUGCGUGUCAACACUCUCAAGACCUGCUCCGAUGAUGUAGUUGAUUAUUUCAAGAGAAAAGGUUUCUCCUAUCAGGGUCGGGCUUCCAGCGCUGACGACCUCCGAGCCCUCAAGGGGAAGCGUUUUCUCCUGGACCCCGUGGUGCCAGAGUUGCUGGCGUUUCCCGCCCAGACAGAUCUACAUGAACACCCACUGUACCGGGCCGGACACCUCAUUCUGCAGGACAGGGCCAGCUGUCUCCCAGCCAUGCUGCUGGACCCUCCACCGGGCUCCCACGUCAUCGAUGCAUGCGCUGCCCCAGGCAAUAAGACCAGUCACUUGGCUGCUCUUCUGAAGAACCAAGGGAAGAUCUUUGCCUUUGACCUGGAUGCCAAGCGGCUGUCGUCCAUGGCCACUCUGCUGGCCCGGGCCGGCGUCUCCUGCUGUGAGCUGGCUGAAGAUGACUUCCUGGCAGUCUCCCCCUCAGAUCCGCGCUACAGUCAGGUAUGCAGAGCAGACAGCUGGAGGAGCCUGGCGCACGCACACCUAGCCCGGAGCGCCUGCAUGCGCUGGCAGGGUUCCAGCAGCGAGCCUUGUGCCAUGCGCUCACUUUCCCCUCCCUGCAGCGGCUUGUCUACUCUACGUGCUCCCUUUGCCAGGAGGAGAAUGAAGAUGUGGUACGAGGCGCCCUGCAGCAGAACCCUGGCGCCUUUAGGUAAUGGGUGUGCGCCAGGGUCCUGGGGGGCAGCGGUGAGUGGCUCUCUAACCCAGCACCUGUUUCUCUCGCAGGCUAGCUCCCGUCCUGCCUACCUGGCCGCUCCGAGGCCUGAGCAGGUUCCCAGGUGCGGAGCAUUGCCUCCGGGCCUCCCCCGAGACCACACUCAGCGGUGGCUUCUUUGUUGCUGUAAUUGAACGGGUUGAGGCGCCGAGCUCAGCCUCACAGGCCGAAGCGUCAGCACCAGAAUGCACACCCAGCCCAGCCCCAAAGAGAAAGAAGAGACGGCGACAAGCUGCAGCUGAUGCUCACACGCUGCCUGGCACAUAGCAGGGGCUCCGGGCUGCCUCCUUCCUGGUGGGAAAGGAAGAUGCUGUCCUCCCCAUGGAGGGCCCUGGGCCUCACCGCAGGCAGCAGUACUGGGUUCCUUCCUUGGGCUGUGUUCUUUGCUGGUGACAAAAGUGUUGCCCACAAAAAUAAAAUGCAGAGCGUAUUCUA